GUCUCCAAAAUUCAAAUCUCCUUCUCUAGCCCGCUCUUCACUUCACAUCUCAUUUCAGAAACAGAAAGUCAGUGAGCGAGCGAGCGAGCGAAAGAGAGAGAAACGCACAGUUAACUUUUCAAAAUAGAGAAACGUUUUUUUAUUUUUGUUCUUCCCAGUGGAGGAUUGGAUCUAACAGGACAGAAACGUUUCACUCUUUCGCUCUCAGUAACUGUAAAUCGGAGAUUUGGAAGCGAUGUCUGCUCGUCACGAGAAAGAGAAAGGAGUUAAUGUUCAGGUUCUUCUUCGUUGCAGGCCAUUUAGCGACGAGGAAUUGAGGAAUAAUGCGCCACAGGUUGUCACUUGCAACGAUUAUCAGAGAGAGGUCUCCGUCUCACAAAGUAUUGCUGGGAAGCAUAUAGAUAGAGUUUUCACUUUCGACAAGGUUUUUGGUCCUUCAGCUCAGCAAAAAGAUCUUUACGAGCAAGCAGUGGUGCCUAUUGUAAAUGAAGUUCUAGAAGGUUUUAACUGUACCAUUUUUGCAUAUGGUCAAACUGGCACAGGUAAAACAUACACAAUGGAAGGGGAAUGCAAAAGGGCAAAGAGUGGGCCAAACGGAGAAUUGCCUCCUGAAGCAGGGGUUAUACCUAGAGCUGUUAAGCAAAUUUUUGAUACACUUGAGAGCCAGAAUGCAGAAUAUAGUGUGAAGGUUACUUUUUUAGAACUUUACAAUGAGGAGAUCACUGAUUUGCUUGCCCCAGAUGAAAUUUCUAAAGUUGUUUUGGAGGAGAAGCAAAAAAAGCAAUUGCCUUUGAUGGAGGAUGGGAAAGGUGGAGUUCUUGUAAGAGGUUUAGAGGAGGAAAUAGUAACAAGUGCAAGUGAGAUAUUUACGCUUCUUGAAAGAGGGUCCGCCAAACGUCGGACUGCAGAAACUUUGUUAAAUAAGCAAUCAAGUCGGUCGCAUUCGCUUUUCUCCAUUACUAUUCAUAUUAAAGAAGCGACUCCUGAAGGUGAAGAACUAAUCAAAUGUGGUAAGCUGAAUUUGGUUGAUCUGGCUGGUUCAGAAAAUAUCUCUCGUUCUGGCGCCAGGGAGGGCCGUGCAAGAGAAGCCGGUGAAAUCAACAAAAGUUUACUUACUCUGGGUCGUGUCAUUAAUGCUCUUGUAGAGCAUCUUGGGCAUAUCCCAUACAGGGAUAGCAAGCUCACAAGGUUACUUCGUGAUUCACUUGGUGGAAGAACCAAAACAUGCAUUAUAGCAACAGUUUCACCAGCUGUUCAUUGUUUAGAGGAGACCUUGAGCACACUGGAUUAUGCACACAGAGCCAAGAAUAUAAAAAAUAAGCCUGAGGUGAACCAAAAAAUGAUGAAAUCAACUCUUAUCAAAGACCUUUAUGGAGAGAUUGAAAGGCUCAAAUCAGAGGUUUAUGCUGCGCGAGAGAAAAAUGGGGUUUACAUCCCGAAGGAUCGAUAUUAUCAGGAGGAGAGUGAAAGGAAGGCCAUGGCAGAUCAGAUUGAACAAAUGGGAGGUACAAUAGAAAACCAUCAGAAGCAAAUGGAGGAGUUGCAAGUAAGAUAUGAUGCCCAGGUUCAGCAAUGUUCUGACUUGAGCAGAAAACUUGAUGCAACUGAGAAAGACUUAAGUCAAACGUGCAAACUGCUUACCAAUACUGAGGAUGAAUUGAAGAAAUGUCGUUACACUUUGAAGGAGAAAGACUUUAUCAUAUCCGAACAGAGAAAAGCAGAGAAUGCUCUUGCUCAUCAAGCUUGUGUUUUACGAUCUGACUUGGAGAAAGCUCUUCAAGAUAAUGCUUCUUUAUUCCAAAAGAUUGGUAGAGAAGAUAAGCUCAAUGCUGAUAAUAGAGCAGUGGUGAGCAAUUUCCAGGUGGAGCUCUCCCAACAAAUCAGUUCUCUUCAGGGCAUGGUGGCUUCAUCUAUGGUGAGACAGGAUGAACAUAUUCAAUGUGUUGAGAAACUUUGUCAUUCUUUCCUAGACAUCCAUGACAAGGCUGUCAAGGAUAUGAAGAAAAAAUUGACAGCUUCAAGGGCUUUGUAUAUUUCCCACGUUGAAGCGGUGCAAAAUGUUGUGAGGUUGCACAAGGCUAGCUCUAUUGCUGGCUUAGAGGAAAUUUCAUCUUCAGUUUCUUCUAAUGCACAAUCUAUUGAAGAUUAUCUCGCAUCAGAGGCUGGUCAGGCUGCUUCAAUAUUUGAUGAUCUUCAGAGUACUCUAUCAACCCACCAGGGAGAAAUGGCUCUUUUUGCUAGAGAACUACGUCAGAAAUUCCAUGUUAGUGGUGAGAGAACAAAGGAGAUUUCUGACUACAUGAAUGGAUUUCUCCAAAAGCUUUUGGAACAAUCUAAAUGGCUUCAAAAUCAUGGAGCACAUGCUGAUGAAACUCAACUAAAGAGCAUUGCUGAUUUUCAGAAGGCUUAUGAGGAGCAAUCGAAAUCUGAUGCUGAGAAGCUUGUAGCUGAUAUCAGCAAUCUGGUCUCUAGCCACAUUCGGCGUCAAAAGGAGCUGGUGGAUGCAAGGCUUGUUGAUCUCAGAGAAACUGCUAUAGGAAACAGGGGAAUUUUGGAUGGACAUGUAUAUUCAAUGGAGGUUGUAACGACAGAUGCAAAGCGAAAAUGGCAGGAAUUUUCGAUGCAAGCAGAGAAUGAUGCUAAGGAUGCUGCUGAUUACUCUGCUGUCAAACAUUGUCGCAUGGAGUUACUUCUACAGCAAAGUCUAAGUACUACUGAGUCUGCUUUCAAGCACUGGAAAAUGACCCAUGAAUCAGUGAAUGAGAUGGGCCAUAAACAUGUUUCCUCUCUGUCGUCACUUACCAGAAAUGCAUGUGAUAGCAUUGAGCAACAUGAUGUUGAGAUUGAUUCUGCAAGGGUUGCAACUGAGCAAGAUGUGGCAAGGAACAGUGAAGAUUUCAUUCAGCAUAUCGACAAUAUGUCGGAGCAGGAGCGGGGGUCUGUAUCUGGAAUCUUGGAAGCUGUCAAAGCUCAUGUAGAUACGCUAACGAGUUUCAGGGAGGAUCAUUCUGGCCAAGCUGUAGCCAUUGAGGACAAGGCGCACAAAACCUUCGUGCAGCAUUAUAUGGAUUAUGAGCCAACAGGCUCAACACCAACGAGAUGUGAGCCAGACGUCCCCAGUAAAGGGACAAUUGAGUCACUACGAGCAAUGCCAAUGGAAGCUCUUCUGGAGGAGUUCCGAGAAAACAAUUCUUAUGAAUCAUCUGAGGUGAAGGAGUUGAAACCAUCUUUAAUACCACGGUCACCCCUUGUACAACUGAACUAGUAACAGGCUUGUCGUUUUCCUAAUAUACUUGCUAGCGAAAAGCCAAUAUGUAUCUGUACGAAUAGUGUAUAUUGUCAUUAUUUCCAUCUGAAAAAUUGUCAGGCUGCAGCACUGAAAAAGAGGGUGGGGUGGCAGAGGCUGUAUUGCAAUAUUUCUGGUGUCUAGGAUAAGUUUAUCCCAUCUUGGGAUUCAGUAAUAUGUAGGUCAGUAGAAGGGAUGUAAAAUGAGGCAGGUGCUCCACACUUGGUGAUUUAUAUUUUAUUAUGGGAUACUGGAUCUAUUAAUCAAAUUUCUGGGUAAAAUGUAUGGGCAUUACAUUCUUGGUUACUUGAGAGUGGAAGUGGAAAGUUAACUUUUUGGCAGUCA